AUGACAGGGAAAGGUGUAGUGCUAGACUGUUAUACCACAAACGCUCCGGAAUACGACGGCCAUCAACAGACGACUGCUACUGGAAUACCAUGUUUACGAUGGGAUCAGUUUAAUUAUAACAACUUUGCAGAUGCUUCUAUCUCUGAUGCAGCUAAUUUCUGUCGUGCUCCAAAUUAUUUUCACACACCUUGGUGUUUUAUAACAUCUUCUAUGUCUUGGCGGGUUUGUGGUAUCAGUAAAUGUGGUGAUGAUGGUUUGAGUAAGUGUGGUCAAUUGAGUAUUGACAAACCCACAAUACUAGGAAGGAAUGUCACAUUUUCUUUUACUCCCGACACGUAUGAUCCAAAUGCAAUUCUAGAAUGGCAGCGCAGCAUGAAUGGAACAGAUCAAUGGAAAACGCUCCCUUUAAACAACAAGUUUAUACAGUAUGAGAAAAAUAUGAUUUACUUCCUGGUAUUAACAGACAGUGAAACAAACAAUGACGAGGGAUUUUAUCGUAUUCAUUAUUAUAAUGAAACAUCACAUUGCUGGAUGAAAGCUGGAACACUUACGCUUGAAGGUACAGGAAAUUGUGGACUAGUGUACCUCAGAUCUGAGAAUUUGACUAAGAAUGGGACCGUAGAAAUAGAAUAUUACCCGUCAAAUUAUGUGAUGGAAAAUAAUGGUAGUUUCGAACGAAGCUGGGUACACACUGACGACAAGAAAUCAGAAACCUUAAUAUUGGCUGAUGGCAGUUACGAAGAGACAAUGGGGCAAAAUCAAAAAUAUGUGUUGACAAUAUAUAUGUUCAGUGUUUCUAUGAAUGGGAGAUACAGUGUUCAUUGCGGCCCGAGGUUACUAUACACAAACGCAAUACUGUUGAAAUUAACAGAACCACCAAGUACGCCUGUAAUAGUUGGAUUACAAGACAUAGAAAAUUGCAGGGACUGUAUUGUUUGUGAGGAUAAUGACAUGUUCGAACUUGCCUGUGAGAUACACGGUGGCACUUCUCCUCUAACCGUUGCCAUGACAAUAGGAAAUGAGACAUAUCCCCCUCAAGUGUUAAAUUUAACAACCUAUAUGGUAUUGUUCCUGGUUAAGGACCACCAUCAUAUGGAAAAUGUGACAUUUUCAGUCACGAACGUUGCAUUGUCGUCACCUUUAAGUGCUACUGCUCAGAUGUUUGUUAUAAAACCACCAAAUUUUCAUUUUUCGGUGCCGGAAAUCCUAAGAGAUGAAGAAGCUGUUAACAUCACAUGUACGUUGGAUGAUGGAAGACCCAAUCCGAAUGUGUAUUUUAGUAUUUCCGGUUUAGAAGUAUCGUCUGCAAAUUCGCAUAAUUAUAAUUCGACUACAUCUUUAAAUACCAACAUUAUCACUUUGACCCAAUUCAAGAAAGAAUGGAACAAAGAAAACAUCGCGUGCUGUCGAUAUAACGAAUGGUACAAAAUUGUGCGGGACUGUUCACCACCAAAACAAGUUAACUAUCUUUGUAAGUUUUUUUUUUUCUAUUAG